AUGGUGCUAGGUAUGAAGGGAUGUGUGGGAGGGAGGGAGGGUGUAGAACUUGGAGAUAGAUGGGUGGUUGAGGAAGGAAUGGGCGGGUGGGGGCUAGGUAUAGAGGCAGUUGUGGGAGGAGAGGGAGAGUGGGGGGCUAGGGUGUACAUAGAUCAUAGGGUGUACUUAGUUAAUUUUAAGGUUCGUUUAGUAGGACUCUAA